AAAACCAAAAGGGAAAGAGUUAGAACCAAACCAAACCAACGGUGUUGAUAGGGCAAACUCAAAAACUCUGCCUUCAUCUCAGUCGUCUCCCUUUUCCCCACUUUCUCCAGCGUACGAUCCUCUCUUUUCUCCCUCAAUCCUUCAUUCUCCUCUCCUCGCGCCCAAAUUACAAAUCCCCAGGUAUGGCGGAUGGUCAAGGAUCGUCAAGGUCACCGGCGAGUCCAAACGGAGGAGGAAGUCACGAGAGCGGUGGAGACCAAAGCCCUAGGUCUAAUGUACGUGAACAGGACAGGUUUCUUCCUAUAGCUAAUAUUAGUCGAAUCAUGAAAAAGGCGCUUCCUGCUAAUGGAAAAAUUGCAAAGGAUGCUAAGGAGACUGUUCAGGAAUGUGUUUCCGAGUUCAUUAGCUUCAUUACCAGCGAGGCAAGUGACAAGUGCCAGAGAGAGAAAAGAAAGACUAUUAAUGGUGACGAUUUGCUAUGGGCAAUGGCAACUCUAGGUUUUGAAGAUUAUAUUGAGCCACUCAAGGUGUACCUUGCUCGGUACAGAGAGAUGGAGGGUGACACAAAGGGAUCUGCCAAGACUGCUGAUGGGUCUGCUAAAAGAGAUGGGAUGCAACCUAGUCCUAGUUCACAGCUUGCACUUCAAGGUUCGUUCUCGCAAGGAAUGAAUUAUGGAAACUCUCAGGGUCAGCAUAUGAUGGUCCCGAUGCAAGGAACAGAUUAAAAUCCAAUCUUCACUCUGUUUGAGAUGGUCGGACUUCAAACGUGUUCUAUAUAUAGAUCCUCCCAAGUAAGCUCUGUAUCAUGGUUGAUUUAUUUAGGGCUCUCAAGUCAGGGCCAUAUGCUAUUUAAGUUUGUAAAUUUAGGAGAUGUUCAAGUAAAGACCUGAUUGUUUGUAGUAAUAACAAGAACCAUUACCUAGCAUUUAGCAUAUUGUUUCUCUUCGGAUGAAAUUAAAAUUUGCCCUUCUUAUUCUCUUUCUUUUCUUUCUGAAGGAAA